AUCGCACCUAUUACGCCCGAUAAUCGUCACCGAUGUGAACACAACCGACGCGUUAUGCACCUGUGUCCUUCCAAAAUGAUGGAAAUGAAUAUGUUGAUCUGCAACAAAUGCUACGCUCCGUUUUAUAGAGGAAAACAUCCUUAUCACAUUACACAGUGCGGCCACAUCUCCUGCCAAUCUUGUCUGCAGCAAUUCGAGAAGCAAUGCCCGCAAUGCCAGCGUAUCGGCACCAUAUCGUUGGCAUUGGAAGAGCCGCUGAUACCGAAAGUGAUGCCAUUCUUUCAGCCUUUUGCCGAUACUAUGGAAAUGAUGCUAAAGGUGGAUGCGUUCCACAACAAUCAAAUUAAAAUAAUAAUGCAGCGCUACCAGGAACUUGAUAAAAAAUACGAAGUACUGAAAACCCGAUACUGGAUGUCAGAUCGUAAUUUGAAAGCGCUGAUGGAAAAGUAUGUGACUUUGAAAAAUAAUAAGGCUAAACUUGAGAAGCAACUGGCACUCCAAAUGGCCAAUAGGGAAACUCCGCGAUCCUUUGUAAUGGAAACACCGGCUGACUCCGGUAUUUUUUCGAAUGGCUCAAAUCAAUCAAGCACAGGAUAUUCUCUGGCAUCAUCAUCGAAUUUGAUGAAAUCCGUGGGCUUAACACCUAUUGGAUCGCCUGAGAAGAAAUUUUACAGAACUAUCGAUGGUUUCCGUAUACCUGCAGUAAACCGUAAACCUGUGAAAUCUCUUGCUUCCUUGAAUAAUACGCAGUUUCUUUAA